UGAGCUUCUCUCUCCAUUUUCCAAAAAAAAAAUAAAAAAAUUAUAUGAUGGAGAUGAACUCACAAAGCCAAGAGAAAUCAUACAUGGCCUCCAUUCCUUCAAAACUCCAUGAAUUCAUCAAGAAAAUAAAGAAAAUCGGAGAAGAAGAUCCAAGAAGGAUCAUUCACUCCACCAAAGUUGGAUUGGCUUUGACACUAGUCUCCUUCUUCUACUACUUCCGGCCACUCUACGACGGCUUUGGACAGGCCGGGAUGUGGGCAAUCUUAACCGUCGUAGUUGUCUUUGAAUUCACAGUCGGCGGGACCCUAUCGAAAAGCAUAAACAGAGGCUGUGCGACGCUGCUAGCCGGGGCAUUGGGUGUCGGGGCCGAGUAUUUGGCCGGUGUCUGUGGCGAGAAAGGCGAGCCCGUUGUUCUUGGACUCAUGGUCUUCUCUCUAGCUGCGGUUUCUACAUUUGCAAGGUUUUUUCCAAAUGUGAAGAGGAAGUAUGAUUAUGGGGUGUUGAUAUUCAUACUGACAUUCAGCCUUGUGGCGGUGUCGGGUUACCGGGUCGGGCAGAUACUGGAGCUGGCCCAUCAGAGGCUCUCGACUAUACUCAUAGGCGGGGCGACUUGUAUGAUCAUAUCCAUAUUCGUUUGCCCGGUUUGGGCGGGUCGGGAUCUGCACUUCCUCGUCGCUGGAAACAUUGAAAAGCUUGCUGCUUUUUUGCAAGGAUUUGGGGGUGAACUUUUGGCUUGUGGUGGGGAUGAGAGUAGCAAGGAUUCAAGUGGGAAGAAUGUCGAGAAAUCGUUUCUCAAUGGCUAUAAAAGCGUGCUUAAUUCUAAGGCCACGGAGGAAUCAUUGGCAAAUUUUGCAUGGUGGGAGCCUCCUCACGGCAAGUUCAAAUUCAACCAUCCAUGGAAGCAAUACUCCAAAAUCGGAGCUCUAACAAGGGAAUGCGCAUGUUUAAUCGAAUCCCUAAACACAAACACAAAUUCCAAACCCCUCACCCCAUCGCCGGCGUCCGAGUUCAGCGCCAAAAUCCGGCAACCGUGCGUCGAAAUGAGCACGGAAUCCGGCAAGGCCCUCGCCGAAAUCGCCGCCGCAAUUAAAAAAAUGAGGCGGCCGCCACCGUCCGCAGAGGCGCACGUGCAAAGCGCCAAAUCCGCGGCGGAUCGGCUGCGGAGCGUUCUCCAGAACUCCUCGCUGCCGCCGAAGCCGGACCUGCAGGAGGUGGCGCCGCUGCUCGUCGCCGCGUCGGUGCUCAUCGACGUUAUUAGAUGCGCCGACGGAAUCGCGGCGGCGGUUGGCGAGCUUGCGAGGGAGGCGGGUUUCGAGGGUUUGAAGACGAACGAGGCGGCGGCAGCGGCGGUUCAUCGGCGUGGGAUUGUUAGCCCUGUGGAUGACGGUGAUCAUGUGGUGGUUGAGAUUCAGGCGGCGGCGGCGGACUCGCCGGAAAAGAAGAUAAUUAGUACUUAAUUAAUUAUUAAUUAUUAAUAGUGUUUAAUUUAGCUUAAUGUGAAAAAUAUAUAAGUGUCGCAGUACUUAUACAUGAGACCGGGUAUUUUUAUACAAUACUUUGGUCGAUGAUGUAUAAGUCACGGUUGUGAUAUGUAUUUUAUAGUACUAUAAGUCCGAUGAAUUAAAUAAUGUAUAUUCGAAUAGGCAAAUUAUGUAUAUUCGAAUAGGCAAAUUCAUAUAUACUGUUAUUUGAUUUUCCUAUAUUUGAAAACACGCAAAUUGUAGUCAUAUAUACUCUAUCCGUCCCAAGAUAAGUGACUUACUUCUUUUUUGCCCUCGUUUUAAAAAAAUGAUA